AUGGACAUGAUGGUGUCGACAUUACAGCAACAGCGAGCUGUUACAGAGCAGCUGCGGCGGGAAGCUGCAAUAAAACGUAUUCCCGUGUCUGUCGCCGUAACGGAUAUAGUCCGAUUCAUAAGCGAUCAUGAACAAGAAGAUUGCCUUCUUGUAGGCUUUACUAGUCAAAAAGUCAACCCAUUCCGCGAGAAAAGUUCUUGCACUGUUUUGUAA